AUGGUCGCCCUGGAGUGGCCAGCGGCGCGCGAGCAGCUGCAGCGGCCGGUGCUGCGGUCGAGCAGCGAGGCCCUGCUCUCCGGCCCCCACGCGUACGGCCCCGCGGCGGCUGCGGCGGCGGCGGCCGGCGGCGCGGGGGCGGCGGGGAAGCAGGCGGGCGGCGGCGGCAAGGGCGAGGCGCUGAGCCAGUCCGCGCGCGCGGCGCUGGCGUGCUACCUUGCAGUGCAGCGGGUGGUGGCGCUGCUGCAGCUGAGAGAGCUGCUCUCCACGGGCUCCAUCUCGCGGUCGCCGCCCAUCGCGACGCUGACCGACGCCGAGCUCCGCGCCGCCGACGUGCAGGAGGGCUUCUCAGUCGACCUCCACCCCGCCGCCUCGAUCGCCGCCGUCGUCUCGUUCACGCCGGGCGUCGAGCGGCGCGUGUUCUUCUCGAUCGCGGGCGUCGCGCUGCGGCGGCUGGACGCGGCGGCGGGCGGCGGCGGCGGCGGCGGCGGCGGCGGCGGCGGGGAUCUAUCGCUGCUUCGCAGCCUGCCUGUGACCGUGGUCGCGGACCCGUCCCCGACAAAGCCCAACGCGGGCGUCGUGCUGUCGGUCGCGCCGCUGCUGGGGGCCAACCCGACGCAGGACAAGAACGUGCCCAAGUGGCUGCACGUGCACGUGCGGCCGUCGGUGCGGGGCCUGCUGCGGGUGCUGAAGGCGGCCUCCAAUAAGAAGGGCGGCCUGCUCAACUCCAUGCGCCAGCUGGCGGACGGACACUGGGUGCUCGCGUUCGCCGACGCUGGCAGGUCAGGGCAGGCCAAGCUGCUGGUCUCGCAGCACUCGGAGACGCUGAGGGAGGCGUACAGCCGGCACCUGGCGCCGCUGACAGAGGCCACGCCCAAGACCAGCGGCGGCGGCGCUGCAGAAGCGCCCUCAUCGCCGGCGCCCGCACGUGUGGUCGGCGGCCUGGGUGGGGGUGCAGCCGAGGGCUGGGGCGCGCCUGAUGCGGGCAAGGCGGCUGCGGAGGGCGGCGAGCAGCAGGAAGAGGCAGAGCAGGCGGAGCAGCAGCAGGAGGAGCAGCGGGAGCCGCAGCGUGCGGCAGCUGGCGGGGAGGGGUAG